AUGUUCCACGGCCAGGAUAACCAAUAUCAACAUCAACAACACCAGGAUCCGAACUAUAACCAGUACCAGAACCAGAACCAGAACCAGAACCAGAACCAGUACCAAUACCAAUACCAAUACCAGUAUCAACAGCAACCCACCUGGGACCAGUCCAAUAACAGUAACAGCAACGGAGGCUACUACCCCCCCUAUCACCACCAACCGACAUGGCAGGACCCCAGUCAACAACUACCCCCAAUCCAAACAUCAUCACCAUAUCAACAACCCCCAGUCAUAUCACGUGAACAACCUCCCCCUCCACCCUACGACCCCGCCCAGCGACCCAUGAGCUGGCCAUCCAGCCCUCAGGACUACCAGAACUACUACACCGCGUCCUUCCCAGCUGUACCGGGUUCCAGUUCUCUUCAACCUCCCGCUCCCGCUCCCGCUCAACCGCCAAAUUGGUUAGGUCAUCACAGCCACAGUCAUCACCAUUCGAUAUCCGGUCCACUUGGUCUUCCGAACAUCCCAUCUACUGGUACAAGGCCGAAUAAUGAUCUAGCAUUAGAAGAUGCUCAAAGAAUCCGUGAUGCUUUUGGAGUCGGCGGCCUCCACCAUACACCCGUCAUAAACAUCAUAACGAACCGAUCCCCAGAACAUCUAGGAAAUGUCCUCAUCAGUUACAAAAACCUCACCGGCCAUGACCUCCUCGCAACCCUCAAGGAUACCUCUCGCUCCAACAAACUCAACAAACUCAUUGAUACCAACAGUAAACACUUCAAUACCGCCGCCAUAGCCAUCCUACUAGGCCCCGUGAGUUCCGAAGGUUACUGGGUCGUCAAAUCCGUAAAGGGAAGUGGAACAAAUGAAGCCCUCCUAACGGAAGCCAUAUUCGGUCGUACCAAUCCCGAACUCGAAUCGAUGAAAUCAUACAUCCGAAGUUCUCACUUCAAACAUAUGGAGGACUAUGUUCGUUCCGACUUGAGUAUGGGUACCAAAACCCUCUUCGAGAUGGGGAUGGAACCGAGUUUGUCAAAGGAUCCGAAUCAUUUGUAUGCCCCACCGGAUCGGUCGAAGGUCCGACUUGAUGUGCAAAGGAUAAUAACGUCGACACCGACGGUCAAUCUCUUUUCGAAGAAUUCUACUGUUCUGUGUCAGGUUUUGGCCCUGAAUACGCCUGGUUAUAUCCUUGCCGUAGCGGAUGAAUAUAGAUUAGAGACCGGAAAGAGUUUGAGGGACUUGAUUACUAGAGCCUUCUUUGGCCAUAUGAAGGAUACAUUGUUGUAUAUAUUGGAUGGAGUCGUAGACAAAGUUGAGCGGGAUGCAAAACUCCUCGAGGACGCAAUGGUGGGGGCAGGAACCAGGAAUCACCUGUUAAUCUCGCGCCUGAUCAGGAUCCAUUGGAACAAACCGCAUCUUGCCGAGGUAAAACAGAGGUACAGUCGAAUGUACAAGCAGGACCUGGUGAGCAGGCUGAGAAAGGAGGUCAAAGGAAGCUAUCGGGAUCUAAUGAUCUCUAUUGCGGAGUCUGACGUCUCCCCUUGGAGACAGUGA